AUGUCUAACCCGGAAGACUACACCGUCGGUUGGAUUUGCGCUAUAACCACUGAAUAUGUUGCCGCCCAAGCAUUCCUCGACGAAAAGCAUGACCGCCCCGCGUACCUGCCACCUCAUAACAAAACCGACUACACGCUGGGAAGGGUUUGGAACCACAACGUGGUUAUUUCCGUUUUACCCAUGGGAGAAUACGGCACAAGCUCGGCAGCUCGGGUGGCAGAAGACAUGAUGCACAGCUUUCCGAAUAUCCGUAUCGGCCUCAUGGUCGGCAUCGGCGGCGGCGCGCCAAGCCAAAAGCAUGAUAUCCGUCUUGGAGAUGUCGUGAUUAGCAUUCCCCGCAAUGGCCAGGGCGGUGUCCUUCAGUACGACUUUGGCAAGACGAUCCAGGGUCAAGCCUUCCAGCCCACGGGGUUUUUAGACCAGCCACCCACUGUCCUACGCGCCGCAGUAAAUGGACUCGAAGCCCAGUAUGAGAGCGAAGGAAACCAACUCGAUCACAUGGUCCGUGAGAUCCUCGAGAAGAAACCGCGACUACAAAGGAAAUACCAGCGCCCAGAUCUAGCUAGUGAUCGGUUAUACCGAAGUCAGGUUGUUCAUCCCGUGGACGGUGAUUUAACUUGCACUUUGAGUUGCGGUGAGGAUCCAUCCUGCCUAGUUCCGCGAUCUCCCCGCACCAAAGAUGAUGAUGAUCCGGCAAUUCAUUACGGCCUCAUUGCCUCAGCCAAUCAACUCAUGAAAGAUGCUUUGAUUCGAGAUAAAUUAGCUGCGCAAAAAGACGUUUUGUGCUUUGAGAUGGAAGCAGCUGGAUUGAUGAACCACUUUCCUUGCUUAGUGAUCCGAGGCAUCUGCGACUAUGCUGACUCGCAUAAGAACAAAGCCUGGCAGGGGUAUGCGGCCAUGGUUGCCGCUGCAUAUACCAAAGACCUUUUGUAUCGAAUUGCUCCCCAGCAGGUGGAACAGGAGGCAAGAAUUGUUAAUUCUCUGAAGGAAGGAGAUCACUAUACAAGCAUUACUUUCGGGAGUCACAACUCCGGCUUUCAGGUUGGUAGGAAUGAUGGCCCUAUUAAUGCGACGUUCGGGGCAAAGUGA